GCUCGCUCCGCCUUGUGCAUCCGUGUGUGUCUGGGCUCCCGGCCGCAAUUCCUGCUGCGCCACAGCCAUGGCGGCGCUGACGGUGAAAGCUUACCUGCUGGGCAAGGAGGAGACGGCCCGCGAGAUCCGCCGCUUCUCGCUGCCGCCGCCCGUCCGCUACCGGGCCAUCUACGACCGCGUCGCCGAGCUCUUCCAGGGGCUGCUGCGGGCCGGGCCGCCGCCCGCCUUCCGCAUGCACUACAAGGAUGAAGACGGGGACCUGAUCGCUUUUUCCAGCGACGAGGAGUUGGAGUUGGCGCUGCCCUACGUGCGGGAUGGCGUGUUCCGUGUUUAUAUCAAAGAGAAGAAGGAGUGCAAGCGGGAGCACCGCUCGCAGUGCAGCCAGGAGCCGCCCCGCAACAUGGUGCACCCCAAUGUCAUCUGUGAUGGCUGUGAGGGACCCGUGGUGGGGCCCAGGUUCAAGUGCACUGUCUGUCCAGACUAUGACCUGUGCGGCACCUGUGAGGGGAAGGGCGUCCACAAGGACCACAACAUGGUGAUGUUCCAAAGCCCACUGCUUAAUCCGUUUGAGUGGCUUCCCCGAGGACGCUGGCUCCGUAAAAUGCGCCAUGGUGUUCCACCUUUCCCCUGGAUGCACUGCUGGGGGUAUCCUGGGCCUGCAGCUCCCUGCCAGAACUCGGAGCAAGCCGAAGCCACUGCCGCAGCCACCAGUGCACCGGCUGCAGAAGAAGCUUCUACUAACAGCCAGCCUCAGGACCCCAAUGUCACCUUCCUAAAGAAUGUUGGGGAGAGUGUUGCAGCUUUUCUGAACCCCCUGGGUAUUGAAGUUGACAUCGAUGUGGAACAUGGAGGACAGAGAAGCAAAGUGACUCCCACUUACACCAAGCAAGAGAAGACCAAUGCUGAGGCAACCAGCAGUGCUCCAGGCCAGAAUGUUCAGACCAAAGCAGACCAGAAUAAUAAAGAGUCUGCUACACAAGUAAAUGCCCUUGCAGAACAGAUACAAGACAUGGUGGUAGAUCCUGUGCCCACACAAAUGGAAGAUGGCAGCUUCCACUCCCAGGAACACAGUGAGUCUAGCAGUUCAUCGGGGGGUGAGGAGGACUGGACCCACUUAUCAUCCAAAGAAGUGGAUCCUUCCACAGGUGAACUGCAGUCUCUGCAAAUGCCAGACACAGAUGGUCCCAGCUCCCUGAAUGUGCCUCAGGAUCCUCCCCAGCCAGGACCUACAGGACUGCGAGAAGCUGCUCUCUACCCACACCUGCCCCCAGAAGCUGACCCUCGCCUCAUCGAGUCCCUGUCCCAGAUGCUCUCCAUGGGCUUCUCUGAUGAGGGUGGAUGGCUCACUCGGCUCCUGCAGACCAAGAACUGCGACAUUGGGGCAGCGCUCGAUGCCAUCCACUAUUCUAAACAGCCACCUCACUUGUAGUAGUAACAGAAAGCACUUUUCUAGCUGAAAGCAGAUAACACAGCAUGAGUUAUUACGGUUCAUCGUUCUUCCUACUCUGGGUUCUGUCUCAUGUUCUUAAGUGCUUGUAGAAUGGAGAAAUAAAUACUACUGCAUGUGA